UGAUAGAUACAAGUAUUUUGGAUAACGGAAUUCGACUGAUGGUAUUCACUUUGUGUAGGCCCUUAAUCUUCAAAUCUCGGUUCUCUACAUUCUUUUCGAAGUUGCUUCAGUGCGCUUGAAGUGAACGAAGGGUUUCUAUAUAAAUCUUUUACCCAUGUGGUUUGUUUGUUUGUUUCAUAAUUGGAAGCAGUAUUUAGUUUUUAACGUGAAGUUAUUUGAGAGCUUAGUGUAAAUAGUGUGAUAAUGGCCUACUGGGAGAAAUUCGCAAAUUAUUUUGGACCAAAUUACACUUUAUUUAUUGUAGUUAUUGCUCAUUGCAACAUAUACCUGUCCUUCAUAUCCUACUCGUGGAUAUCGCCAGUGCUAUCCAAACUCAACGCGACCGAGGAUAAUCCCCUGGGGAACCCCAUAACGAAAGAAGAUGCCGAUUCGAUAGCUGCGUUAUUCUAUAUAGGAGCAGCAAUAGGCCCCAUCCUAGUUUUCGGAAUUGUCGACAAAAUAGGAAGAAGAAAUAUCCUGAUAGCAGUGUCCUAUAUACCGCCAAUAGUUUAUGGUGUUCUGAUGUUCGCCAAUACAAUCACCUUGUACCAGAUUUGUAGAUUUGUAUUGGGUUUGUCCACAGGAGUUAUAUUCAGUGUAGAGCCUGUAUUUGUCUCGGAAAUGGUAUCAAAAAAGGAAAGACCUUUUCUGAUGGCCAUAAUAACUGCUUUCAGCUUCUUUGGUAUCUUCUCAAGUGUAUCAAUUGGUCCUUUCAUACCUCUUGAUAUGUUCAAUGGAUACAUAGCUUUCGACUGCUUAGCUAUAGCAUUGUUGAUGACAUUCGGAUUUCCUGAAAGCCCCUACUUCCUAAUGAAGACUGAAGGUGAGCAAGCAGCCAGGGAAUUGUUGAGUACCCUCAGACCAGAGAGUGUUGAAGAAGAACUCAGCGAAAUAUCUAAAAUUAUCACCAGAGAGUCUAAAGGGUCUCGCUUCGGUAUUUUUGGUAGCUUGAAGAACUUCAAAGCUUUCAUCCUUUGUACUUUUCCCUUUUUAUUGCAGUCAUACUCUGGUAUGAUUCUUAUCUUGACUCAUUGCGACUUAAUCUUCAUGGAGACCACAAAGGCUAUACCAUCCAUGUGGUCUAUCAUCAUUGUCGUAUCAAUUACUUUGUUGACGUCGUUUAUAACACCUGUUUUGAUAACCAAAAAGGUUCCUGUGUUUACUCUUUUCGUGUAUUGUCUCUGUGGAGUUGCUACUUGUGAUUUAAUCAUGGCUUUGUACUUUUUGUUCGGCAGAAAUAUCGAGUUUUUGAGUUGGUUGCCUUUGGUUGUUUUGGUUUGUUUCGCUGUAAUUUAUAACUUUGGGUUAGAUCCCAUCCCAUGGAUGUUACUGGGGCAGUCCUACCCUUUAAAACUGCGUGCUUUUGGUACUGCCAUUUCAACCAGUAUUUUCCAACUUUCUCUUUUGUCGUCUUUAUAUUUCUACCAUUGGAUAGCAGUUGGUUAUUUGUUCUUGUUCUCCUCUAUAUUUUCACUGAUUGGAGUAAUAUAUUUCAAGUUUAUUUUUGUACCUGAUACUGAGAAGACUGAAGAAGAAACAGAAAUGAGAGUUGUAACCUGAGCUUAUGUGAUAACCUAUCUUGUAAAUUUUUAACAGUAAAUUUUUUUAUAAUAUAUUUGUAUUGUUUUU